CCCACUCCGUGCUCUGUCGUAUCCUCUGAUAAUCAUGGGAAGAAGAAUCACGCUUUCCCUUUCAACUCUUCUGAACCAAGCCCUAACCUAGGUUCCUCCCACCCACUCCUCCGUGGUCGGCCUCUGCCGCCGGGAAUUCUGAACGUCGGCGCAGUCGGAGAGUUCGAUACUGCCACUCUUGUAGUUUCUUCCGAAACGCCACUCUCGAUGUCCGACCAUUUUAAGCUUCUACGGAGCUACUUCCUAUCAAAGACCGUCCUGGUCAAGAAGACAUGGAAGUCAGACUUCAAUCCAUGCGUAGGUUUGAAUUUAACUUGGAGGCAGAGUAUCACAGCCCAGAACUUUCUCAUGAUGACUUAGACAAGUCAAAUGUUCUUGUGCAAGAUAGACUUGCAGAGUCUACUGUUCCUCUGGAAGAUACAGCUGACAAUGAUGGACUAGCAGUUCCUGAGGAAGAUAUAAUAAUGAGAGAUCGACUGGUGGAGUCUAAUAUUCCGGUAAGAAGUACAACCAUGAAAGAUGAAGUGAUGAAGUCUAAUUUUCAUGUAGAAGGUACAGCCAAUAAAGAUGGGACAAUAGUGCCUAAUGUUCCCAUGGAAGCUGAAGCUAAGAGAGUUGGGCUAACAGAGUCAAAUAGCCUCAUGGAGAUAUCAGAGUAUAAUGUUCCCAUGGAAGAUACAUCCGAGAGACAUGGACCAACAGAGUCUAAUGCUUCCAUGGAAUUAACAGAGAAAAAUGUUUCCUUGGAAGAUGUAGCCAAGAAAGAUGAACUAAUAGAGUCUAAUGUUUGCUUGGAAGAUACAGGUACAAAAGUUGGGCUAACAAAGUCAAAUGUUCCCGUGGAAAAUACAGCCAUGAAAGUUGGGCAAACGGAGUCUGAUGUUUCCAUGGAAAUCAAAUGCAUGGGAGAUGGAGUAUUGGAAGUUGGCAUGGAAUUUGAAUCAGAAGAGCAAGCGUAUGAUUUCUAUAACCAAUAUGGUAGAAAGAUGGGCUUUAGUGUUCGAAAAGAUUGGUUGAAUAAAAGCAAGAAUGGUAUAGUGCAAUCUAGAAGGUAUUGUUGCUCUAAAGAAGGCUAUCGUAGGAAAGAUCCACGAGAGAUAUGUCUGAAAAAUCCUAGUAAAGAAACAAGAACUGGUUGCUUGGCUCACAUGAUUAUCGCUCUUCAACCAAAUGGUAAAUAUCGUGUCAUCCAACUUGAAGCAAUCCACAAUCAUGAGUUUGUCAGCCCGGAUAAAGCUCAGUUGUUAAAAUCACAGAAGAAAUUAGCUCCUGCUCAAGUUGCUAGGAUUGAAAAAGCAGAUACUUUUGCUAUGCUAGCUGUGGGUGGUCAAGGGAUUGAUGAUCAGAAGAUUACUUAUCCUCCUGUGUACUACAUGAACUAUUUACAGUCUAAGAGGAUGAAAGCAAUGAAACGAGGAGACGCGGGAGGCUUAUUACAAUAUUUCCAAAGGAUGCAGUUAGAAAAUUCUUUCUUCUUUUACGCAAUACAGCUUGAUAUGUUUGAUCAGAUAACCAACAUUUUUUGGACAGAUGCAAAGAUGGUUGUUGAUUAUGAUCACUUUGGUGAUGUGGUAUGCUUUGAUAUGACUUAUGGUACUAAUACCUUCAAUUGGCCAUUUGCAUUAUUUACAGGAGUCAAUCAUCAUAAACAAACUGUGUUCUUUGGUGCUGCCCUACUUUAUGAUGAAACAACUGAAUCUUUCAAGUGGUUGUUUGAGACUUUCAUUGAGGCAAUGUUUAAGAAAGUGCCAAAGACAAUUUUGACAGAUCAAUGUGAAGCUAUGGCUAAGGCAAUAGCAGUGGUGUUGCCAGAGACAUAUCAUCGUUUUUGUGUAUGGCAGAUUUAUCAGAAUGCCCUUGUUCACCACCUUACCACUGUAUUUGGUGGUUCUAAAUCUUUCGACAAAGAUUUCAGCAAUUGUAUCUUUGAGCAUGAAGAGGAGGAAGAUUUUAUCCAAGCAUGGGAGAGCAUGCUGGACAAAUAUGAUCUUAGGGGAAACACAUGGUUACAAAAGUUGUUUGAAGAAAAGGAGAAAUGGGCUUUGGCUUAUGGAAGAGUUGCAUUUUGUGCAGACAUGAAAAGUACACAGUUCAGUGAAAGUAUGUAUAGUGUGCUAAGGAAUCACCUGAAUCGUGAGCCUGAUCUCGUGAAUGUUUUUGCAGCAUUUUGAAAGGUUAGUGGAGGAGCGACGUUGGGAAGAACUAAGAUCUAGUUAUGGGAUGAGCCAUAGUACAGCAAGAUUGUUAAUCCCUGUGAAGAUGUUAAAGCAGGCAGUAGAUGUUUACACACCAGCCAUAUUUGAAGUGUUCAGAGCAGAGUUUGUACAAUGCCUAGAUUAUGUUGUUAACCUGUUUAGUGAGGUUGGGCCAGUAACUGAAUAUAAAAUUACUGUAGAUGGAAAACUUCGUGAAUAUUUUGUUACUUUUAAUUCUUCAGAUGACACAUUUUUUUUGCAGUUGUAGGAAGUUUGAGUUUGUAGGGAUCUUGUGUAGUCAUUCUCUCAAGGUACUUGAUCAUAGAAAUGUGAAAGUGGUCCCACCUCGAUACAUCUUGAAGAGAUGGACAAAAGAUGCUAAGUUUGGAACUGGAAAAGAUGCUAGUACCUGUGAAAUACAAGUUGACCCUAAGUUUGAUUUAUUGAGGCGUUAUAAAGAUCUAUGCCGUAGCAUUGCUAGUAUAGCGGCAAGGGCAGCUGAAACUGAAGAAGCAUUUGCAUUUGCUGCAUUCUAUAUAAAUCAGGUGUUGGAAGGUGUGGAAGGAAUUCUGAGAAGAACAUACAGCAACAUUGCUAAGUCUUGUGAAAGUGAAUAUACAGAAAACUUAUGUAUUGAAAAUAUAGAUUCUUCUUCUGAACAUGUAGAAAGUUUAGUCAAUCAGAUUAGGUGUCAGAAAGAUAGCAGCAAGGUGGAUGAUGCUGAUGUACAUCUUGAUGACAGCAACAGAUGGAAUAUUUCUGAUGGUGCAAAAUCUACAAAAGUGAAGGGAAAUAAAAGAAAAGGGGGAGGCAAGCUUGGCGGAUGCAGGGCUGUUGGCACUGAAGGAGGCUCUAGGAGUAAAUUAUCUCCGAAUUUGCCUCCUGUACCUAGUAACACUCCCAAUAAUUCAUGUUCUCCCCAAGCAUACUAUCCAAUUCGAGCUCCUUCAUCAUCUAUGUUCAAUCAGGUGUCCUAUGGUUUUGAAGAGAACCCAUUAAGUUUACCAUCUAUAUCCUAUGAUCAAGGUGGACAUCAUAUGGUUCCUUGUAUUUAUCAACCAAAUUUUCAUUUCAUGCAUCAACAGGCCAAUCCCACCAUGAGCCAACUACCUGAUCCCAGCACUAACCAUAACAUCUUUCCUAGGUGCAUUCAGUUUCCACAGGACUCCUUACCUCCUAGCUUAUAUCAAGAGCCUGCAUCUAGCAGCUGUCACUUUGGCUAGAUUCUGCUCGAGCAUCAGUAAGUGGUAUGGCCCAACAUUCUUUAUUGGCAGCACUACUCAUUGCUCAAUGGGGGGGGGGGUUGGAGAGGAAGGGCAAAUGCUAUCCACAAAAACCAGCCGAUGAGAGACAGGAAAUGUGAGUCUUCAUCGGCAGGAAAUGUGAGUCUUCACUUAUGUUGGUGGUUGCCAUUUCUUUUGUUUUAUUUCUGUCCAGUUUGUGCUGUCUUCCAACGUUCAUAGGAUUCUCUUCUACUGGGUAAUUGGGCCACAUGGUAAUUCAUUUAUGCUGCUGAAUAGGAUGUUGGUCAUGAAUAGUUCACUGGGUAAUUAGGCCAUAUGGUAAUUCAUUUAUGCUGCCGAUUUGGAUAUUGGUCAUGCAUAGUUCACAAAUGUGAACUUGGAUCUCAGAAAUCACAUACCUAUCUCCCUUCUAGA